AUGCCGAGGAAGGAUGCAAGCUGUCCAGCUGAGGUUGGCACUGGAAGGUUGAGAAUGGCUUCAACGUUGGACUGCAAUGGUGCGAUACCUGAGCUGGACACCCGAAGACCAACAAAGUCUACUGCAAUUCGUCACGGAGAGCACCGAAUUUGCAUGGCUCAGCAAGUCGUGCAACUGCGUCAGAGUAUGUAUUUGCAGCGCCAAGCGUCUGGAAGAUCCGUAAUCCCUCAGCGCCGAGACAAUGGAGGACAAGUGCACGCUUUCUCCCGUCCGGGACAUCAUCCAAGCCCGCGGCUACAAGACAUCCGAGAGACAGCGUUUGUGUAUGCUAUCACGGCAGCGGGUGUGACGCAUGCAGUGACUCAGGCCUGCAGCAUGGGGGAGCUGCUGCAAUGCGGCUGCGAGGCCACACGGAGCAGAGUGCCGCCUCCGCGUUUAGCCAGUAUUGGCCCAACUGAGGGGGUCAAGUGGGAGUGGGGGGGCUGCGGAGACGACGUGGAGUUCGGCUACGAGAAGUCCAAGCAGUUCAUGGACGCCAGGCGGAGGAAGGGCAAGAGUGACAUCCGCACACUGAUAGACCUUCAUAAUAAUGAGGCCGGACGACUGGCGGUGAAGAAUUAUUUGAGAACUGAAUGUAAAUGCCACGGGCUGUCUGGCUCUUGCACUCUGAGGACCUGCUGGAAGAAAAUGCCUCACUUCCGCGAAGUGGGUGACCGCCUGCUUGAGCGCUUCAAUGGGGCAUCCAAAGUGAUGGGUGGAAAUGAUGGUAAGACUCUCAUUCCAGUGGGACAGAACAUCAAACCUCCGGACAAGCAAGAUCUCAUCUACUCGGCCGAGUCGCCAGACUUCUGCCUGCCCAAUCGGAAGACGGGUUCUUUGGGCACGCGGGGGCGAAUGUGUAACAGCACGGCGCUGGACGUGAGCGGAUGUGACCUUCUGUGUUGUGAGCGGGGCUACCGGGACGAGACGGUGGUCCUGGAGGAAAACUGUCUCUGCCGUUUCCACUGGUGCUGCGUGGUCCAGUGUAAAAAGUGCUUGGUCAGGAAGGAACUGAGUUUGUGUCACUAACCGAGAACCCUUGACGAUGGGAUUGAGAAGAGCGAUUCCAAACAAGGAAGUAGUGCCAGUCUCAGAACAAAAGAAUCUACAACAUUCCAGAUCCAUGCAUAUACAUUUCAAACCCCGAGGCUUUGGAAAAGCCUAGAGGAGUGUCUGACUUGUGAUUCACCCCUCAGAAAACCCAGGACCACUAGUCUCAAUGACUACACUCAAGAUUUAGGAGGGGUUCUUCAGCUGUGAAGUCAAGACAUUCAGAAAUCUUCUUAUCAAAGGGCUUUUGUGCAUCUUUUUCUGUUAGAUCAGCCCUAUGUACAGUACAUUAUGAGUGCAGACUGAAUGAAUGGAAGCACAUCCACAUCAGCACCACAGCCAUGGUGUAAUGGCUGUUCAUGCUCUGAAGUGACAGAUCAUCAAGGAUUUGGCAUAUUGCUCUGUAAAGUGGGCUAGAUAUGGAACAAAGACUGUUAUUUAUAAGCAUUUAAUA